AAGAGUACAGAAAAGUGAAAAUACUUUGGAAUGCAAAGCACCCUGCAUACUAUUCAAAAACAAAACAAAAAUGAUGCCUGGGAAAGUCUUGUUCGCAAUAUAAAUUUGCCACAGUUGUCUGUGGCCCAAAAAAAAAUGGAAAGUUCACUGGGCUCGUUUCGACGUGAGAAAGCCAAAACAAAGAGAAGCGAAGGAACCAGAAAAGGUGCAAUGGAUAUUUACAAAUCUAAAUGGUUUGCGUUUGACAGCAUUCAAUUUUUAAUGAAUAGGGAUGAGCCAAGGAAAGGAGUAAACACCGAGAAUGACGAAGCAGAAUUGGAUGACCUAGAGGUUUCUCGUGAAAGCAACAAAGAGCAGGCGCAGUUGGAGGAUGAGGGGGUAGACAUGAGAAGUCCGGCUCCAUCUAUACAAAGUUUUCAUUCUCAGCCCAGUUCUGCAUCGCUACCAACCUUAAAGAGAAACAAGAAGCAAAAACAACCAGCAGAGGAUCCAAGAUUACAGAGGGCCUUCGAGAUCAUGGAAUCCGCCUCAAACCGUCGGAGAAGUGCACAGCACAUUGCACAAAAACUUAUAGGUUAUUCCGUCAGAACGCGAGCAUUAGUAGAGCGCGAGAUAAACACUGUGCUAUUUAGAGCCGAUAUGGGUUAUUGUGACGAUAGUCCUGCUUGUACUAUAACUAUGAGACAGAUAGUACCAAAUCCCCCUUCCACUGUAACUGCCUUGCCAGAAUAUCCUGCUGCUAUACUGCAUAACUUUCGACCGUCUCCGCAUUACACCUACACAACUCCUAGCACACCAGCUCCAUCUCCACAGAACGCCAAUCUUACCAGCUUCAUCCCUACAGUACACCAAUCUUACCAGUAGCACACCACCUCCAUUUCCACAGUACACCACUCUAACCAUCAGCACAGCAGCUCCAUCUCCACAGUACACCACUCCAACUCCUAGCAUACCAGCUCCAUCUCCUGUCAGCGACGAAACUUCUACCGCAUCUACAUCCGCCUCCUAUUAUGGUAAUCCAUCAUCCACUGAUUCGGCUACAAGCCAAUACUUCACCCAGUUUAGAGACGAGAACUCAUAGAGGGAUUAACUCUUUAAUACGUAUAUGUAUUCUAUGCCAAAAAUAUGUAAUAAAGAUUUCUAAAAGCGUUA